GGCGGCCGGGGGCGGAGCGGGGAUCCCGAGCGGGAUGGAGCCCUCGCCGCGGCCUGCCGCCAUGGGCCCGCGCCGCCGCCGCCGCCUGCCGCCCGGGCCGCGCGGGCCGUGAGCGCCAUGGCCGUGGCCCCCGCGGGCGGCCCAUGCGCGCCGGCGCUGGAGGCCCUGAUCGGGGCCGGCGCGCUGGGGCUGCUCGAGUCCUCGCAGAUCGUCAUCAUCUCCACGGCGCAGGACGCUGGCGCCCCGCCGGCCCCCGCCGGCCCCGUCGCGCCCCCCGCCGGCCCCCGGGACCCAGACCUGCUGCUCUUCGCCACGCCGCAAGCGCCCCGGCCCGCGCCCAGCGCGCCGCGCCCCGCGCUCGGCCGCCCGCCGGUGAAGCGGCGACUGGACCUGGAAACUGACCAUCAGUACUUGGCUGAGAGUAGUGGGCCCACACGGGGCAGAGGCCGUCACCCGGGAAAAGGUGUGAAGUCCCCGGGGGAGAAGUCACGCUACGAGACCUCGCUGAAUCUUACCACGAAGCGCUUCCUGGAGCUGCUGAGCCGCUCGGCUGACGGUGUGGUGGACCUCAACUGGGCGGCCGAGGUGCUGAAGGUGCAGAAGCGCCGCAUCUAUGACAUCACCAACGUCCUCGAGGGCAUCCAGCUCAUCACCAAGAAGUCCAAGAACCACAUCCAGUGGCUAGGCAGCCAGGCAGCCGUGGGGAUUGGUGGCCGCCUUGAAGAACUAACUCAGGACCUCCAGCAGCUGCAGGACAACGAGCAGCAGCUGGACCAGCUGAUUCACAUUUGUACCACGCAGCUCCAGCUGCUGUCCGAUGACCCCGAGAGCCAGCGCCUGGCCUAUGUGACCUGCCAAGACCUGCGGAGCAUCGCGGACCCCGCUGAGCAGACGGUCAUGGUGAUCAAGGCCCCGCCCGAGACGCAGCUCCAGGCCAUGGACUCCUCCGAGAACUUACAGAUCUCCCUUAAGAGCAAGCAAGGCCCCAUCGAUGUUUUCCUGUGCCCCGAAGAGACUGUGGAUGACAUCAGCUCAGAGAAGCCCCCAUCACAGGAGUCCUCAUCUGGGGAGAAUGAGGACAGAGCCGCUGACCCUGUCACCACAGUGCCACCGUCCUCGCCCUCCUCCUCUCCCACCACGGACCCCGGCCAGUCCCUGCUCAGCCUGGAACAAGAACCUCUGCUGCCCCGGAUGGGAGGCCUGCGGGCCCCCCCGGACGAGGACCGCCUGUCUCCCCUGGUGGCGGCCGACUCGCUCCUGGACCACGUGCGGGAGGACUUCUCCGGCCUCCUCCCCGAGGAGUUCAUCAGCCUGUCCCCGCCUCACGAGGCCCUCGACUACCACUUUGGCUUGGAGGAGGGUGAGGGCAUCAGAGACCUCUUCGACUGUGACUUUGGGGACCUCACUCCCCUGGAUUUCUGACCGGGCCGGUGGGCGGUGGGGAGCAAGGUCUCCUGAGAUGCCCAUCCCAUCUCUGCAGCCCCGGAGCCCCCAGCCCUGGCCAUCUCCCCCGCCGGACUGGAGACACUUAAUUUAUACCCCUGCACCCGAGUCCUGGAAGCUUCUCACUCUGGAAUCUGGCUGCUGCCAGGAAGCCGAGCGGGCCGGGAAAGGAAGGAG